CGCGAGUUGAAGUAACGUCUUGUGAGAGAUUUGAUUGAAAAAUGGCCCAAUAAAUAAAUUCGAGUGAUUGGCUAGUGAAAACAACAAAACGUUCGCUGAGGCGUGAAAUGGAUGCGCUCGCUGGUGACAAGAGCAAGCACAGCAGGAGUCAAGCGUGUUAGUAGCACUCAACGAGCGUAGAGAGACGGCCGCAUUCACGAGCAAGAACAAGAACAAGAGCAAGAGCAAGAGUGGUGGACACCAUUUGAACCAACAAACCCACAAUGACACAACCAACAACAAACGCAACGCAUGCAAAAUGCAAGUGCAGCACAACAAAGCGACAAAGGCAACAUCGAGUCGCCAAGUUGGCAAUAUGCAGCCUAGGCGUACUAAUUAUUGCCUUGAUGGCCCUAAUAGGGCCAGCAGACGGGCAGGCAGACGAAUCUGGCAGAUCGCAGCUUACGCCUGCUGAGUAUACGCCAUAUGAGUCGAAACUUAACUUCACCAAGAAGACCAAUUACACCACCGGUGGCAUGACUCCAAUUUUUAAUUUUACGCACAAACUGUUUGACAAUCUGGUACCCAACAAGCCAGCCAUACCGCCUGGUUACAUUGAGAUUAAAAAUUCGGACACGCUUGUGCUGGGCAAGAAGGUGGAGCAGAACGAUUGGCGCGAUCUCUUAUAUCAAUACUGGGGAGUGCUGCUCUGGGUUGGCUUUCUGUUGCUGCUCAUAGUUAUCAUACCAUUCAUAGCUGUCUGUUAUUGCUGCUUCUGCUGCUGUCGGCGUUGCAAACAAGGCUGCCCGCCCUGUGAUAGGAAGAAGGAUGGGAUCAAGCGCUUUGGCUGCGGCUUUUUGCUGUUGCUGCUCAUGACGGGCAUACUUUUCGGCAUCAUCAUUGCUUUUGUGACCAACAAGAUGAUUGACAACGGCCUUCAGGAAACUAGCGACACCAUGAAACGUGGCGCUGAAGAUACCUGCAGCUAUCUAAGGGACGUGGCCUCGCAUGUUGAGCAUUUGUUUAUCAAAAACUAUCAGGAGCUGGACACGCAUCUCGUUGACAUUAUAAAAAAUGUGGAUAAGCAUAUGUACGAUGAUCUUAUGGAUGCUUCCGAGGCAAAUGUCGUAAAGGAGCUGAAGCGCAUAUUGGACAAUAUGGAAAAGGCCGAGAAGCUAAUGGCAGAGAUUGAAAAGCUUGAAAAGGACUUACGCUUCUACAGUGCACAACUGCGAGAUGGUGUGCGAGGCGUCAAGCGUAAUGUCAACUACGCCUGUACGGUGCUCUGUGGCAAUCGUGAGUGUCUGCAUUUCCUAAAGCGCACUGGCAUUGAGUUCAUCGAUAGCGCCAAGUGUCUGCAUUUGGAUUCGCUGCCUGAUGUCAAUGUAACCUUGAAAGCCAUCAAGGAGGUGAGAAAGAACAAAACGGAAGUCAUACCCAAGGACGCCUUGGAGCGUUUGAAGAAAGUCGGCGAGAUGAUUAAGGCAGCUCUUGAUCCAAUCAAGCCAAAACUGAUACGUGAUGUGCACAAGGGAUCAGAAGAGUUCCGUGGCCAAGCAAACAAAGUGCGCGUUACUGUGGACGCAUUGAUCUCCGACAUUUACCUGCUAACCAGAAACUCAGCCAACUCGUUUGACGAUGUCUACGAUCGAUUUGGCCCUGACCGCAACGUCGUUAACCUUACUGUUUGCAUUGUGCUGCUGGUGAUAUUUACGCUGCUGGUUAUAGCGCUAAUCUGUGGCUGCUGUGGUCGACGUCGACGUGGCUAUCGUGAUGACUGCUGCAGCAAGGGCACUGGUGCCUCCUGCCUGCUGCUCGUCAUGUUGUUGAUAUUCUGCGUAUUCUCGGCCAUUACCAUGGUUGGACUGUUCUACUUUGUAACGGGCUUUGUUACUUAUCAAGGCGCUUGUGCGCCACUACGCGAUCGUGAGAACAAUACGUUGUUCCGCCAGCUGGAUGCAUCCAUUGAUCUGAAUCGCUAUUUGAUAAAUAAUGACACUAGCAAAAAGGUGGAACCGUUGCGCAUGUCCAAUGUACUGGAUGCCUGCAGUGCAGAUGACUCCAUAUUUAAGAUAUUGAGGGAUCACAAGCUGUAUGAUCUGCAGGACUUGCUGGCCAUAUCGAUAAUGAGCACUAAUGAUCCUGGCAAGCCAAUUCCGACUAUCUUCGAUGAGGAUCUGACGAAAAUAGACGUGCUCAAGAACACAGAAGUCAAGAAACUAGAAAUCCUACGCGAUAGCAAUCUUUCCGACUAUCGCAGCAAGAAAUUCACGGAACAUUUGUGCACGCAGCUGACGCCCACCGAGCUGCCCACAAUGGCCAAUCAGCUGAAGGAGCUGCGUGCCAGCCUGUGGAGCCAGUGGGGCAUUUAUGACUGGGCGCGCACCUCGCUCUACAACGAGGCCUUCAAUCUGCAGCGCUUCAACGAUGAGUUUGUCGAGAAGAUCAAAUCGAUUAUAGAAAAAAUGACAUCGAAGCUGCAGCAGGUCGAUGAGCUCAUCCUGUACAAUAAUCAAGCGUUUGGCCAGUCCAUUGCCACGCUGCUGAAAGCAUCUCAACGAGCAGAUGUAUUCAUUAAAACACAGGGCAAGGAGUAUAUCAAUGGACUCGGCGAAAAUCUAACAGACUUCCUUGCGAACCAGAUCGAAACCUAUGCGCGCAGAGUAGUCCAGGAGGGCAACAAUCACGUGGGACGCUGCCAGCCACUGGCCUAUAUCUACUAUCGGGGCGUGGACUUGAUUUGCUAUCGCCUAGUCGAUCCCAUGAACGGCUUUUGGGUGGGCGUGCUGCUCUGCUCCCUGCUCUUCUUGCCCGUGCUCUUUGUCUCGCAUCGCCUGAUGUGCCUGUACAAGAAGAUUGAUCCAUAUUCAGCGCAGGCCGGUGUUGUGGAGGGAGGCAGUGAUUACUUAUACGACGCGUAUAGCGAGCGCGAUCGCGAGCACGUGCCAUUGGCCAAUGUGCCCAAGAAGCGUCGCAAGGCCUACGAACGACGUCGCGAGCAGCAGGACUACUAUGAGGAUGCAUCGCCGGGUGUGUCACGUGGCGCGCGCAGCAAUGGCGGCGGUGGUGGCGGUGGUGCUGGGGGCAGCAAUGGCGACGCCGCAGCAGGCAGCAGCAACAUGCGCUACAACGAUGUGGCACCCACACACUGGGACCAUGAGCCGCCACGUUAUCAUAAUCCGCCAGCAGCGCCGCCAUCAUCGGAGUACGAACGCCCACCGCCAUAUUAUUACCCCGGCGCCUCUGAUCAGGAUUAAGCUGCAAGCAUUGGACAUUAUGGGGUGGAACAGCUUUAAAGUGGUUGGCAAACAUGAAUGAAUUUAAUUUUGAAUAACACACACUCACACACACAAACCUACACGAAAAAGAAUACCCCAUUUUACUGAGACUGUAAUUUUAGUUAAAUAUUAGGUUUUUUUUAUAAUUUAAAGUUAUAUAUUUAAUAGCAUCACAUGUGUUUAAUAUCUUUUCCUGCUGGUCGUGUGUAUCGGGCGCAGUUGGAGAAAAAGAAAAUGAGAAAGAGAGAGACAAUGAUAAACAUACAAACAUGAAUAGUAAAGAGUUAGCAGCAAGUUGUAAGGAAUAGUGUAGUAUUAUUAAGACGGGCCGCAGCAAGUGAAGUUUGAAGUUUACACACACACACACAGACACACAUUGAAAAUGUUGCCAAAAGCUAGAGCGAUGCAAUGAUUCAGAAUUAGCAUAAAUUAUAUGCACACAGUUUAAAGCAUUUAAUAAGUAAGCACGUCAAGUAAACCCAAAAUAAAACGCAGGGUUUCCACAGCGGCCCUUACCAAAACCAAUAAUAAUUCAAAAGGGCUUGAAUAAAUGAAAAAAUAUUCUCAUAAUUUUAUGAUACACACACACACACACACA